GUCUUUGGGGUAUGGGCGUAUUUUUUUAAUUUUUAUAAUUGCUGGUUGUGGAAAAAUGUCUUCAGUGCCUGAUGGCAAGAAAUUGGUUCGAAGCCCAAGUGGACUUCGAAUGGUCCCGGAGAAUGGAGCGUUUAACAGCCCUUUUUCGUUAGAUGAACCUCAGUGGGUCCCGGACAAAGAGUGCCCAAGCUGUAUGCAGUGCACCAAAAAAUUUGACUUCCUUACAAGAAAGCACCACUGCCGGCGGUGUGGCCGGUGUUUUUGUGAUAAGUGCUGCAGUAAGAAGGUGACUCUUCCCCGGAUGUGCUUCGUUGACCCGGUCCGGCAGUGUGGAGAGUGCAGCCGGGUCUCCCAGAAGGAAAUGGAGUUCUAUGACAAACAGCUUAAAGUGCUUAUGGGAGGUGGUACAUUUAUUGUCACUUUGGGCACCUCCGAGAAGUCUGAGACCAUGAUGUGUCGUCUCUCCAACAACCACAGGUAUCUCUUCUUAGAUGGGGAGAGCCAUUUUGAGGUGGAGCUGUCUCGGAUCUCCAGUAUGCAGGUGUUGACAGAGGAGUCCACCCCCGAAGAGAAUGACAUACACACUUACACCAGUCUGCUGGACAGUCAGUAUAUCUCUGAAGGUGGAAACUGCAGGGCCAGUGGCAUGUUGCUCCACUACAAACCAAUGGGCUCUCAGGACCCCAAGCAGCUACGCAUGGAGGCAGCAGAGGACAAGAAAACCGCCUCCUCAUGGCUUGCUGCCAUGCACAAGGUACACCACAAUAACAGUCUGGCUUGUUUUAAUAGGAAUGUUAUAUUUGACUUAAAAUGUAUGUUGUGAUAUCCAAGCUUCAGACCCACCAUUGCGUACUGUGUGUGUGUAUAUGGCUGUAUAGUUAUUUUGUAUAGCUCUGCCUGUACUACAUCUGUUCCCUAACAGGGUGCCAAACUGCUGUAUGAAGCUCGGGACCAGUGACUGGGUUAAAUGCGGAAGACACAUUUCAGUUGAAUGUAUUCAGUUGUACAACUGACUAGGUAUCCCUCUUUUCCCUUUCAUUGCAAAGAUGACUAGAGAGUGAGAUGGCAAAGACCAAGUGUUUUCCUUCCUACCCUUAAGUCUCUCAUUCUCUAAAUGCCGACAGCGCAUUUUAGCCACACGUCACUUGAACUAUUUGGCCAAUAACCCAUCCUAAUACUGCUAUCUAUGUAAUGCUAUAAUAGACAUAAGACACUUGGCAUAACCCUUUCCCUUCACCACCAUUAAUGUGACAAAUUACCUUAAAAGCAUUAUGUAAGGUCUGUGACACAUAGUUCAAGUGAAGUUUCUUUAUAUAUUCUGUCUUUGCUCUGCUUUCAGUGCUGACAGAUUAUUCACUGAUUCUAGUGAAAUAUACACUACCGGUCAAAAGUUUUAGAACACCUACUCAUUCAAGUGUUUCUCUUUAUUUUACUAUUUUCUACA